AUGGCACAACUUAGUGAGCUGAAAGAAAAAGAAUUGGUUGAAAAAGUUGAAUUGCGCCUGGCUUUGUCUGAAACCGCUGAAAAAUUUGAAAAAAGUUUAGAUACAUUUCUAUGCCCAUUAUUAUUAAAAUUGGCUUCACCUUAUGGGUCUGUUAGGCAAGCAGUAUUCCAGACUUUAAAACAUGUGCUUGGUAGAUUGAAUGCUUUACCUGAUAUUCAAUUGCCAGUGGAAAAACUAAUUCUACAGGGGCAAAACCCAAUUUUGGCUGAGAAUGCAGAUGACAGUAACGUACGUUUAUACAGUUUACUGCUUGCAUCCAAAGGUACUGAUAGAUUAUCACAGACUAAGAAACGGGCAUUUGUACCAACCGUCAUGUCAGGAAUUUCGAGUCUACCUUCACCAGCAAAUUCAAGAAUGUUUCACAUUUUAUGUAAGCUAUUACUUAGUUGGGUAAUUCCAGCAAAGGGUACCAAGGAAGAAGAUGAUAUACGAGAUUUCCUACAUUUGGAAGAUGAAAAUGAUCUUCAUUUUCUUCUAGAAAAGUUUACUCAAUUUUUCAUGCUAGUACCAGCAAAACCAGAUCCAACAACAGGGGUUAUUCCAAGAGGCUAUAGUUGCCCGGGACUAUGUUCAAAAGAUGUCGAAUUUUUUACCUUUGCAGCUGGUGUAUCUUUUACAAGGGACCAAAUUAUUCGUUUUAAAAGUUCAAUCUUUAAAUUUGUUACAAACGGUUUUGUACAAGAUGAUGAAAUACUAAUUAAAUUUCUAUGUGUUGCUUCUACUGAUAAAAGUGAUAUUUCAGAUUCUGCAUUACACAUGCUAACCACUUUGCAAAUUCCAUAUGAGCAAGAAGAUUUUAUUAAUUAUUUAUCGUCACUGUUCAUUGGUGGCACCGUUCAAGGUAGACCUCCAGUGAGCCAUGGAUUGCAAGAAAAAAUUCUAACAAUUCUAAACAGAAGUAUUUAUGCGACAACAGAUCCUCUGGUUAUUUCCAAAAUAUGCUCAAUAGGUUUACAUUCUGAUUUUUAUAAAUUAAGAUCGCUAUGUCUUACUUUUAUAACCUUUGUUGCCCAACAUCAUUAUGAAAAUUUAGCCCCUCAAAAUAAUGAAAAUGGUUCAACUGAAGGUUUCACAACUAAUAUUGCCUCAUUAAUUAGAGAAAAUUUACAUACAGAGGGCUGGCCGAAAUUAGAAAUUGGUGCUUCAACUCCAGUAUUUAAAACAAGUAUUUUACAAAGGCGUGCUCAAUAUGAAACUUUGGGUGUCAUUCUGCAAAAAGAUUUUACAUUGGUAGAAGACUUAUCCUUUAUUAAAUUUUUAUUUGAUUCUCUGUUGGGAGAUCUUCCCGAUUUUAGAACAACCAUUCAAGAAACAAUGGCAUCAUUAGCGGUUCACUUAAAUAAAUUAUCAAUUAAUUCAAAGGCUGAUUUAAAGAUUUUGUUAAAAAAGUACUUACAAGAUGAUUAUGAUUUAGAAAUACUCUCUGAAGAGGAUCAAAAAAGUGCAAUUAUGUCUUGUAGAUACGUCUGUAUCAAAUAUGCUAACGCUGCGUUUGAUUUUGAUGAUACCGAAGCACGCAUGUUUAACAUUUGGGGUACAUCAAGAACUAACAGAUUUGACAUUAUUGAAGAAGCAACUAAGGGACUACAUCCAUAUUGGUUUCGUGCCAAUCGUGUAUUGAUAAAUCCAGAUUAUAAUACAACAUCUCAGUUACUUUCUACAGAAAUAGUUGAAACAAAAUUUCCAAACUUUAAAGAUUAUAUAAUCUUGUUACUUUCGGAAAUUAAUUUGUCAAAGAAAACUCCAUCAUUAAACAUUACUUCAACAUUAAAUACAGCAGUCAGAUUUGCAAAACAAAUCUUAAUUUCUGAGGCCACAUUUCAUAAGAAAACAGUUAUUUCCCAAGAUGAAGAUUGGUCUAUUCGUAUUGACAAAGCUCUUGAUAUUGACGAUAUAGUAGUUACUUGCGUUCAAAAAUUUAUAGAUGAUUGCCAGCAAAGUUGGUUUGUAUCAUUCAUGCAAUGUUUAGGUAAUGAAUUUCUAGUACAUGACGAAGGUGAGAAGACAGCAAUAUUCAAAUAUCGGGAUUCUAUUUUUGGAACUACUCUAUUGCUAUUAUUAAGAUUUUGUUCGAAAGAUAGUAUAUUAUCUUUGGAAUCAUUGAUUCCAAGAUUAUAUGAUUACUUAAAAGAUAUUAAUGUUACAAGCGCUACUGACUUAGAAGUAGCUGCUAAUAUUUUAGGUAUUGUUGCUAGUGAUAAUCCUACUAAUACUUUGGUAAGAGAAUGUAUUUCUAAACUUGAUAAUACAAUACCUUAUUCUGAUAAGACUACCAAGGUUAAUAUAUAUGCUGGUUCAUACAUCCUCCCACGAUUAUAUCUGAAGAAAGAUGAGGCCCUGACAACUCCAAAUACAGUCAAGUGUUUAUUCAAAUAUUUACUAACGAUGUUAUCUGAUUCCAAACAUAAAAUUGAAGCAAUUAAGCUUUUAUCUCAAGUAACGAAAUUUGGAUUAUUGUCAAAAAUUUCAGAAAAAGACCAAUCAGCAAUAAUAAACUCAAUUUUUGAAGAGAUUCAAUCUAGACUACUAUCUGAUGAAAAUACUGUCGAACUGUUGGGAUACUUAUCAAUGUAUGCAUCAAAUUUUGAGCAGUACGUAAAGCUUUUUAAUAAAUUGGUUGAUUGCCAUACUACUAAGCAUAUUGAACUACUCUUUGCUGCAGGUGAGGCACUAUCAAUAUUUGCCUCUUCUUAUGACAGCGUUUUCAUUCAAAAACAAAUUGAUGUUAACUGUGAUUAUGAGUUUUUGAAGACGAUACUAAAAAGGGAUCACUUGAAUUAUGUAUUACAGCACACCUUAAAUCUCUGUAAUUCUCCAAAACCUACAAUUAGAAAAGCCGCUUGUAUUUGGCUACUGUCGUUAAUUCAAAAUCUAUCGAAGAAAAAAGAAAUUAUUGAUAACUGCAAAGAAAUCCAUUUCCGCUUCAUGAAAUUCCUUUCAGAUAGAGAUGAGUUGGUUCAAGAAGUUGCUUCAAGAGGUUUAGGUUUAGUUUAUGAGCUUGGUACUAAAGAUCUACAGGAAGAUAUGGUUAAAGGUCUGUUAAAGUCAUUUACUAAUUCAUCUGAAGGUAUGAAAAUGUCAUCGGGAUCAGUAUCAGAGGAUACAGAAUUGUUUGACCAAGGUUUGCUUAACACAGGGGAAGGCUCAGUGAGGACUUAUAAGGAUAUUUUAAACCUUGCAUCUGAAGUCGGUGAUCCUGCUUUGGUAUACCAAUUUAUGUCUUUAUCUAAAAGUGCAGCACUUUGGUCUUCUAGAAAGGGUGUUGCAUUUGGUUUGGGAGCUAUUAUGUCAAAAAAUGCAAUUCAAUUAAGAUUGUUAAAUGAUGAAAAUACUGCUUUGAAAUUAAUACCAAAGUUAUAUAGAUAUAAAUUUGACCCAUACUCAUCUGUUGCUCGUUCCAUGAAUGAUAUCUGGGAUACUUUAAUUUCAAAUUCCUCAGAGAUAAUUGCCAAAUAUUUUGAUGCUAUUUUAAAAGAGUUGCUCUCUGGUAUGGGAAAUAAAGAAUGGAGAGUCCGUGAGGCUAGUACGUCAGCUCUUCUACAACUUGUGCAAACACAACCACAAGAACAAUUUUCUGGCGAAAUGUUAGACUUAUGGACUAUGGCUUUUAGAACAAUGGAUGAUAUCAAAGAAUCUGUCAGAGAAGUUGGUACCAAAUUAACUACCUAUCUUUCAAAAAUUUUAGCAAAAUCUAUUGAUGUUAGUAAAGGUGUCUCACUAGCAAAUUCUAAAACUAUUUUAGACAAUAUUUUACCCUUUUUCUUGGGAACUAAAGGUCUAGAAAGUGAUGCUGAGCCGGUACGUAAAUUUGCUCUAAAUAUGCUAAUGGAUUUAGUAAAGAAUUCAGCAGAAGCACUUAUACCUUUUGCACCUAAAUUAGUAUAUGAUUUCACGUUAUUGUUUUCUUCUAUUGAGCCUCAAGUUAUCAAUUAUUUAGCCUUGAAUGCGGCCAAUUAUAAUAUUGAUGCAUCAACGAUUGACGCUAAGAGAAGAAGUGGGGUAUCUGGAUCUCCAUUAUUAGAAUCUAUUGAAAAAUUAAUUAAACUCUCCACGGAAAAACAAAUAGAAGAUCAUGUCAAUAAUUCCAUCAAAGCUGCUAGAAAGUCUGUGGGUCUUCCUUCUAAAGUUGCUGCAUCCACAGUAAUUGCUCUAUUAGUUAACAAAUAUUUCUUAGAUUUAAAGCCCUACAGUGGAAAAUUAUUGAAAGUAUGCGUUAUUAAUUUUGAUGAUCGUAAUACCACCAUAAAACUAUCGUUUGCCAAAACAUUUGGGCAUAUCUAUAAAGUCGUUUCUCUUGAUAAAGGUGUGAAAUAUGGUAAACAAUUAACUGACCGUUACUUUAGUAAAAGUAGUAAUGAUGAUAAAAAAAUUGUUGCAACUGCUAUAAAUUCGGUCCUUAAAUAUGCUCAAGGUCAAUUUGAGAACAUAGCAAGCAUUUUUAUGCCAAUUUUAUUCGUUGGUAGUAGUGAUUCAGACAAGGAAGUAUGUGAGCUAUUUAAUACUGUGUGGACAGAAGCUUCAAGUUCUGGCUCCGGCACAGUUAAACUAUAUUUAGAUGAGAUAUUGGAACUACUAUCGAAAAAUAUUGGUUCGCAAGAUUUUAAUCAUCGAAAGACCUGUGCUAAGGCCGUCACAAAAUUGUGCCAAAGUAUGGACACCAAUGCAUCGACGAGUGAUAAACAAAUUAUGAAGAUAUUCCAACUAACUUCUGAUGCAUUGAAGGGUAGGUCAUGGGAUGGGAAGGAACUGUUAUUAGAAUCGUUAAGCAGUUUAAUAAUUAAAUUCUCAUCGUUCCUCGAUAAUGACAAUAACAGUGCCUUAGUUGAAACAUUGAGAAAUGUUAUCUUCGCUGAGCUAGCAAGAAACAAUAAAGCAUAUGUUCAAUCUAUUAUCUUACCAGUUUCUAAAGCACUUGAUAUUUUUAAAAAUGAUACAGAAUUAGUAAGCAAAUUGCUCGAAACAAUUACCAAAUCAUUUACAGAGGAAAUCAAUGAUAUUCAAAAUAAGCCAAAAGAUGAUGGUCAGUCAGAUAAGCAAACCACUAAAAGAAUAAAGCCGAAUGAAGAUAUUAACAAAAAAUCUAGUAAAGAAAACAUUAGAAGGGAAGAAUUCAUUAAUCAAGAAUUAGAAGCUCUUUCCUCUUUAAAAGACAUUCCUAAUACCAUUAUUAAAUUUAUUGUUACCGAAACUCUUAAUAUGUUUAAUCAAGAUAAUCACAAUGCAGUAUUAUAUUCAUGGAGAAGCCACAUCAGUGGAUGCAUUAUUGGUAUAAAUUUAAUUAACGAAGAAAAUAAUUGUCAAACACAUAUCCUAAAUAAUAUGGACAAUGUUUCUCUAAUUAUGGAAUUAUGGUCUACUUUAUUUAAAAUUAGUACCACAAAAGAAAGCAUUGAAAAUGUAAAAUUGAAAUUAAUUCAAUUUGGUGGUAAAUUAAACCAAGCUUUAAAAAAAUUUAAUCAUAUUACUGAAUCUCAGAAAGUCUCAUCAGAUUUGACUGAUUUCCACCAACUACUUCAGGCUCAGAAUAGUCUAAGCGGUCGCUUAGAAGCCGCUUUGAGAGAUGUAAGUGCUACAUAG